UAAAUAUUUUAUAAAUGGAACUUUCUGAAAACCUGGCAAGUGAACUCUCCAACCCAGUGGCUGAAGACUCCAAGCAGGACAUGAGUGAACUCGUACAGGCGGAGAGGCAGGUGCAGACUCUUGGGCGUAUGCUUGCUCUGUAUGGGAACAUGAACAAGAAGUAUACGACCAGGAUUGCCCAGAUUAAGACGGAGAUCGAAAAGAUCAAGCGCCAGGGAGAUACAGACAGCUGGGGCUUACAUGAAAGUGGUGAAGAUGGAGGUCAAGAGAGGAUUAAUAGGUUGAAGAUGACCACAGAUGAGAUUUUGCAAGGUUUAGAGAGUUUUGAAGGGUUGGAGAGAUCAGAAGAGGUGAAGCUUUUACAAGAUGAAGAUUCGAAAUAAACAAGGUCAGGAUGAGGGAGCCCAAAUAGAUCAUGAACUCACAUCAGCCUCAAAGUUAAUGGGUCAUACCCUCUUGGAAAAGACAAGAAAUAGUCCACUUUGACUGUCUAGAGCUGCAAUGAGUGAGCUUCAAAAACAGGCAAAUUCCAUAAAUAAGUUUGCAUAUUGCAGACUUUUGGACAAUAUUUGAAAUCUCAAUGGGCAUGGACACAAUGAAAUGGAAGAACAUAAUGAGCUAUCGGUGUUCUUAGCUCAACAGAGACUCAUUUAUUUUUUGAAUAAGACCAAAAAGAUGCUUCUUCCCUGCCUGGAAAAAGUUUACUUAGGUGAUAUCACUAAAUCCUAUAGACUUGCUAAGCAUUUUCUAAAGAAUUGUUUCCCUCUAGAUGGUAUUAAUUGGCUCAAACUAUCUGCUGCAAGUCAAAUAGAUAUCAGUUGCUAUUUGUUCGAGAUCAUUAAAGCCAGCUACAGAGUCAAAAGCACUCUAAUCCUUACAAAUUUUAGGAUGAACGAGGCUCAGCUGAACAAGCUCCUAUUUGCCAACAAACACAAAGAGAAGAUAAUGUUUGAGCAAUGUAGGCUUUGUCUCCCAGAGAUAUCAAACUUGGGCAAGUACCUCGAGGGGACCACCAUUCGGCAGCUGUAUCUGUUCAACUGAGAAACCCCAGACUAUUGCAACUGGAUCCAAUUUCCAGACCGAUUAGAGAACCUCAUCUCAGGAAUUUCGAGAUGCUAUCUCAGAGACUCUUUGAGAGAAAUCAACUUUGGCUGGAGAGGGCUACUGUCGGAAGGAUGGAUCGAACAGACCUUCAAGAGAUAUGGUUUGGACCAUGUUAAGAUUAGUGGAAAUUUCAGGCUUUCCUAGAGUAUUGCUCCUUUCAAAACUAUAUUA